CUUCCUCUUCUCAUGGCCAUUCUACUUCACUCUCUCUCUCUUCAUCCACCAAACCCUAAACCUCAAAACCAAAACAGACCCAGAAUUCUCUCUCCUUGUGCAACCUUCCGGAGAGAUGUGGUGCUUAGAACAGCAUCUCUCUGUUUCGUCUCCUUCAUUUAUCAAAACCAAGUUCCAGAGUCAUUAGCCGAUCCUGAGAAGUCAUCUAAACCGUUAAGACUCGGCAUUGCCAACACUAAGUCUUGGUUCCAGUUCUUUGGUGAUGGGUUUGCCAUUAGGGUUCCUCCUGAUUUUGAAGACGUCAAUGAGCCUGAGGAUUACUCUGCGGGAUUGUCACUCUAUGGGGACAAGGCAAAGCCGAAAACUUUCGCCGCCCGGUUCCAAACACCUGAUGGAUCAGAAGUUUUAAGCGUAGUCAUUCGUCCUUCAAAUCAACUUAAGAUCACUUUCUUAGAGGCUACAGAUAUAUCCGAUUUGGGAUCGUUGAAGGCAGCUGCAAGACUCUUUGUUCCAGGUGCGGCAACUAUUUAUGCUGCUCGUACAAUCAAGGUAAAGGAGGAAGAAGGUUUAAGAAAUUACUACUUCUACGAGUUUGGUAGAGAUGAAGAACGCAUAGCUUUAGUAGCCGCAGUGAACAGAGGAAAGGUUUAUAUCGUUGGAGCAGCCGCACCAGAAUCCAAAUGGAAAGACGAUGAGUUGAAGCUUCGAUCUGCUGCCAUUUCUUUCACUAUCCUAUAAUCAACAUUCAUAUCUUCUUCUAACGGAAAACGCGAGAACGCUCUUCAGUCCAUCCAGAAAUUCGGAACUAAGAACAAACGAGCCAAAUGUGAUAACCGGGACAUCGUUAUGAGACGCAUUUCUGCAUUCACUUUCGUUAUCUGUUUUAGUUUGUCCUUUUGACUGAGUUAUAUAUUCGUUAUUGUUACUUGUAUAAUGGACAAAACAAAUCAAGAUUUUUUGAAACGUGAAAUUUCUAAAGUGCGAUUUUCUUGUUGA